CUUAUUGGCAAAAUAUGGUUGAUGCCAUUAAUGUUUGUGGCGUAGGGUUCAAAGACCCUAGUGAAGUUGACAUAAAGAGCCCAAUUUUGACACAAAAGGUGGCUGAUGUAAAAGCCACAAUAGAGGAGCAGCGGUUGAUAUGGAGGAGGAAGGGUUGCACCAUCAUGACUUAUGGUGGCACCAUAUUCAUCAAAUCAAUUGAUGCUUCAUUACAUGCCAAAAAUGCCACAUUCCUUUGUGAAGCUUUAGAGGAAGUCCUAGCUGAGGUGGGUGACGAGAAUGUGGUGCAAGUGGUGACAAAUAAUGCAACAAGUUAUAUUGUUGCAGGUAGACUAUUGAUGGAGAGGCACCCAUCAUUAUUUUGGACUCCAUGUGCUACCCAUUGCCUUGACCUCAUAUUGGAGGAUCUUGGCAAGCUUCCAUGGAUCAAAACAUGUCUGGAGUUGGCCAAAAAAAUUUGUAAAUUCAUAUACGAUCACACGCGAGUCCUCAAACUAAUGAGGCAAAGGAGUUGGCUCAUCCUGGCAUAACUCCAUUUGCAACAAAGUUCAUCACAUUAUAAUCCUUGCUUUAGUCAAAGGGAGCUUUGAGGCGUAUGUUUGUUAGUGAGGAGUGGACUUCCUCAUCCUAUGCUAAGACGACUGUAGGGGUUGAUGUUGCCAAUUGGAUUUGAAGAGCCAAGCUUUUGGGUACUUGCUUUGUAGAUCGUAAAGGUAAAUGGAAAUCUAAUUCUACAUUAUGUUUUAAUUUUUUUUCACAUUUUUUUAUUUGCAUUUUUUGGUAUAUACUUAAGUUAACAUUUCACAAUAAUUGUAGUUAACUAAGCUUUUGGUAGUUCUCCUACAAGUUGUUGAUGGGGAGAAGCCCACAGUGGCAAUUAUCAUUCUUCUUAAAGUUAUUUAUUGGCAAUUAUCACUUGUAAUGUCCCCUUCUCCUUAGUUCGCAAACAUUCACGAGGUUGGCCUAUCAUUUGACCCUCGUAGGCCAAGGAAAUUGAUAAGGGGGUCGUUUUUGCCGCAGCUUAUGGCUUCGCAUUUAUGUCUACAUGAUUCUAUGGUGAGAAAAGGAGAUUACACGUAUGAUGUCACGUGUGCACUUUAAUUAUAAUGUAAUAAUAUUUAAAAGUGCAAAUAAAUUAAUAAUGAGUAAUAAUAAUAAAGUUAAAUUAAAUUAUUAUGAAAGGAGAAUCUUCUACAAGGAGACAAAUCGGUUGGAGGAAAAGAAUAAAUAGAGACUAUUGGUGCAUUGUUGAUCAUCGGUUAUUUGACAUCUUCUCUUGUGUAGACUUGUGGAGCCAAGGGUUUCUACAGACUUGAUCAUUGGGAAUGAUACCUCCCUAUGAUUUGCAUAACUGAGGUGGUGAGAGAUCCUCCGAGGGGUUGCAGCUGAGAGUGGAGGAUAAAUUCAGUCCUUCACAUUGUGCUUGUUGAGUUUUUAUUGCAUCUUCAUGGUAGACAAUUUGUGGUGUUUUCAGCUUAUCCAUAUUUGACAUAUAUAUUGCAUUGAUUGUAUUGAGGAAAUAAGGUGAUUCAUCUUAGAAUGCAUUUGAAGGUGAAUAAGUGAAGUUGCAGGGGUAAAAUCAAAUCUGAAGCAACUCGAACUACAUCCACCAUUACCACGAUUUUGCUAAGAUCUUCUUGUUUGAGCAUCGAACUUGGCAUUUGGUGAUAGCGCUAUGAUUGGAGAAGGAAAGCGAUCAUGUUUAGGGUUUAAGAGGAGACUUUAGAGCUGGAAUUUAAUUAUUAUCAGACCUUUACACUUGCAGCAGGGGCUAUUUGAAGAUGCAGUUGUUUUGGCAUAGUGGAGGCUUCAAUCAACACAAUAUUGCUUGCUUCUUCAAUCACAAGCUUAGGCGAUGUU